AUGCCGAAGCCGAACGCGAAUAAGCCCGAGGGGGUGCGGGGCAAGGGCUCCGAGGUGUCCAAGUCGAAGGGACUGGGGGACGACGGCAAGUCGGCGGCGGGGAAAGUCAAGGAAGCCGCCGUGAAGCUCCCGACGCCGCCCGCGGGGUUCCACAUGAAGAAGGCGCUGAAGCGGAAGGUGGCGCUGGUCGAGAAGUACAACGAGCUCAAGGCGAAAGGGAAGCUCGAGGUGUUCAUGGAGAAGAGGCGGAGGAAGAUGGCGUCUCGCGACCGCACGCUCAUACCUCGAGCCAGAGGGUGA